GUCACUCAAAUGUAUAAUUUCUGUCAAACUCCUGAGUAACAUGGCUAUAUCUGUUGCGACUACAGUGCCUUGACAUUUUCAGGACACAUAAUGACGUAAUUGUGGCGAACGCGGAAGCGCGUCGCAUACAGUGACGACAUGUUUGUUUUGGAGGCUUGUCUUCAUGAAGCGGAGCGGUAACUCUUUUAGCUACCAUAUUGACAAUCUAGCAGCUACCAUGCAUAGCAAAGAGGAGACCAUAGCCAUUUUAAAGCAGUUUGACAUUGGAGACAAGUUCUCCGGUCUGCCUGUGCUGCCUAAAGCAUCAGUGUUGAUCCCAUUGUUUGUGAGGAAUGGAGAGCUGUAUACCUUAAUGACCCUGCGCUCAAAAGAGCUGAGGACCAGUGGUGGUGAGGUGUGUUUCCCUGGUGGGAAGAGAGACCCCACUGACAGAGAUGAUGUGGCUACAGCUCUGAGGGAGGCAGAUGAGGAAAUUGGUCUACCACCUGAUGAGGUUGAGGUGGUCUGUAGACUGUUUCCCAUCAUCAGUAAGAGUGGUCUGCUGGUGACCCCGGUGGUUGGCUUUGUAGAGGAGUCAUUUUGUCCCUGUCCAAACCCAGCUGAGGUCAGUGCUGUCUUCCCAGUCCCUCUGGAUUUCUUCACCAGUGAAAAGGACCACUGUGCUGCACAUGGUGUUGCUGGGAUGGUGGGGCCGAUGCACUCUUUUCACUUUGUGGACCGUGAUUCAGGAAACCAGCAUCACAUAUGGGGACUGACUGCCAUGUUGGCCAUAGUGGUUGCUGCCCUUGCUCUCAGGAAAAGACCGGAAUUUGAUGCUGGUUUCAACACUGAUGAUCCAUUAUCCUUCUUCCAACAGUUUCUACUUAAAAAAAUUAGUAAAUUAUGACCUGCUGUUUUCCAGAUGUUCUUAAUGAAUUUGUGCCAAUGCAAAGGAUCUGAAGCCAGACUUGUUAUAUAAGACAAAUGUAUUUGUUUAACACAUUAAUUGUGAAGGUAAGAGUUCUAAGUGCAGUAGCUGAAGAGAUACAUAUAAAAACCUUUUAGAGCUUUUUACAACAAAUGCAUCUAUAAUGCAUAUCUGGGGGGACAAAAGAAGCAAAUCAAGAUGCUUUAGUUUUUAUUAAUUCAUUUAAUGUAGCAGCAGGAUUACAGAUAUAAACAGAAGAGUAUACAAAUAUCCAGACCAAGGCAAAGUACAUGUUAAUAAUAGUUCAGAUGUAUGAUAACACACUGGGGUUGACCUUUAUCCCAACUGCAGGGUCUUAAGGCUAGAUACUAAAGCUCAAGCUACACAGAACGGAUACAACAGAACUGUUGGAGAAUGUGAAAUAGAAAGCGAACUAGGAAACGUGAGCAAACUGAGUACACACAAGAUACAGCUCACACUAUUGGCAAUUAACAGUUAAUUUAUCAUGGUUGCUCCUUUUGAUCAAGCAUUUCACAGCAACAAUAGUAAUGUUGACAAGCACAUCAACACAAGAAAGCUCUCCGCAAAACAAUCUCUGUUGUCUCUUCCCUUUUACCUCACAUGUACAAAUCUCAUGAGGCAUGAAAAAACAAAAAAACAUGUUCAACAAAAAAUAACAAUGCUGACAAUUCACUGGUGAAGCUGCACAAUGUUAUGCUGAGAGGACUCACUGAUAUUUUGCAAUGGAUUUUUGUAGAGAAAAUGUUAAAAAAAUAUAUAAUGGUAUGGGCUAUGGUUAUGCAUGUGUUUAGAAAUAAAAAUUUAAUCACUGAAAA